CAACAUGAAGUUCUUUGCAGUGAUUGUGUUGGCUCUAGCAGUAGCCGCCUCUGCGAGGCACAUCACGCUUGAAGAUGUCGUCGAAUUAGAAAAGAUCACUCCAUACGGUUACAUCACCGCUAUCGCCGUGCCACUAGCUGACAAAGUACUUAUCGCUGAGAAGGAAGGUAGACAGAAUCCAUCUAGAAUCGUUGGUGGCUCAUUAGCUGAUCUUGGACAAUUUCCUUAUCAGGCUGGACUUAUUGUACACUUACCCAGUGGCAAUGGUAUCGCCAGUGCAGCUCUAAUUUCAAACAAUAGAGUACUAACUGCUGCACACAAUUUACACGAUGGCGUAUCAAAUGUCCCAAGUGUGACUGUGGUCCUAGGAACUACCACUCUAUUUGGAGAUGGAGUAACAUUUACAACUAACAACUUCAUUUUGCAUGAAAAUUAUAAUCUUUUUCAACUAAGAAAUGAUAUUGCUAUCAUUAAUUCGCCGUUUAUAAUUCAAAGUUCAAGUAUUCUGGCUCCCAUCGCCCUUCCUUCUGGUUCUCAGCUUCAAGAGGACUUCGUUGGUGAUAAUGCUGUCGUAUCGGGAUUUGGAAUAAAUCCUUCAAUUGGAGGUGUUAUUGCGAAUCAACCGUUUAGCUACGUGAGUUUGCCAGUGAUCUCAAACGAUGUCUGCGCCCAAGUUCUAGGUUCUUUUAUUCAACCAGCCAUCGUGUGCACGGGAAGUGUAACCGAUAAAAAUGUUUGCUCUGGUGACUCAGGUGGUCCUCUCGCAGUUGAGAGGAAUGGCAAACCUCUUUUGAUUGGUAUUGUGUCAUUCGGGGCACCUGGAGGCUGCGCCGGCGGCAAUCCAUCUGCUUACUCGAGAGUCACUCAGUACAUAAAUUGGAUUAAUGCACUACUAAUCUUCAAUAAAUCAGACAAUAGGUCUAACCAAGAAAGUGGUGUCAUCCUUAUAUAUAAACGGAUCCGUCUAUUGAUACGUAUUGAGUUUGUUGUAUACAACAACAUGAAGUUCUUGGCAGUGACUCUGUUGACACUAGCAGUGGCCGCCUCCGCGAGGCAAAUCACACUCGAAGAUGUCAUCGAAUUAGAAAAGAACACCCCGUACGACUACAUCAAAAGUAUUGCCAUACCGUUAGCUGACGAAGUCCGUAUUGCUGAAGUGGAAGGCAGACAGAAUCCAUCUAGAAUCAUCGGUGGUUCAUUUGCUGCUCUUGGACAAUUGCCGUAUCAGGCUGGACUAGUAAUUCAUCUACCAAUAGGCAACGGUGUUGCCAGCGCAGCUCUUAUCUCCAAUAACAGAGUACUAACUGCUGCACACAACUUAAACGAUGGUGUAUCAAAUGUUCCGAGUGUAACCGUGGUCCUUGGAACUACCACUUUGCUGGGUGAUGGCGUAAGACUUACUACUAGCGACUUUGUUUUGCAUGAAAAUUUCAACCUUUUCCAGUUUAUAAGUGACAUUGCUAUUAUUAAUUUGCCAUCUUCAGUCGAAUUUUCAAGCGUCCUCGCUCCUAUCGCCCUACCUUCUGGCUCUCAACUUGAAGAGGACUUCGCUGGGGAGGUUGCCAUCGCCUCUGGUUUCGGAAUUAACCCUAUACUCGGUGGUGUUGGCGUUAUCUCAAACCAACCUGUAAGCUAUGUGGACUUGCCUGUGAUCUCGAACAAUGAAUGUGCACAAAUUUAUGGAGGUAUUGUUCGGCCUGGCGUAGUCUGCACAGGCAGUGUUGUUGGCAAAAAUAUCUGCACUGGUGACUCUGGUGGUCCCCUUGCUGUGCAAAGGAAUGAUCAACCACUCUUGAUUGGUAUUGUUUCAUUUGGAGCACCGGGAUGUUCCGGCGGUUCUCCUUCUGGAUACGCUAGAGUCAGCAACUACGUAGACUGGAUAAACGCACGCUUGUAAAAUAAAUAAAUAUAUUUUUGAAACCUA